AUGAACCUGAUCCUGUUUCUUCUUCCAGCAAGCAUCCUGAGGUUUUGGAACGAAGAGAAUCGAUACCCACUGGCAACUACCAACACUCCCCAGUCAGACAUGGCAGGAAUCCGCGGCGAAGAAGAUGAUGUGAAUGAAGGACUCCCCAAGCUGGAGACUACUCCGGAAUCUACGACGACGAGCACAACCUUCGUCAUGAGGAACGAGGACCACACGCUAGGCAACGCUCUGCGCAUCGUGAUCUCGAGGAACCCCAACGUGACUUUUUGCGGGUACAGCGUUCCCCACCCGCUCGAGAGCAAGAUGCACCUUCACAUCCAGACCAAAGGUGAGGAGGAGGAUGAAACGCUGCUUCCGGGGCUGAAAGAGAUCAUGUCAAUGUGCGAUCACCUCGGGGAUGUGUUCGACGAGGCUGAAUCAGAGUAUUACAUCUCAUCAGGCCGCUGA